GGGCAAUCCACUUGUCAUUCCUUUGUUGAUUCCUAUCUCUAUCUCUCAUUUCUUGUUGUUUUUUUUCUCCCCCAGCUUCCAUUUUCCUUUGGUCUUUACCCUUCCCUCUCAUUCACCCCCACCUCUUCUCACGCCACACCCACAAAACAAAACAAAAAAAUUAUAACAAGGAAAAAUUCCUUGUUUUUUCCCCUUUGAUCUAAUGAUUCAUUCAUUCAUACAUACAAAAAUUACAAACAUAUACACGACGAAAAUUGUUAUUAAGUCAUAUAGAAAUUAAAACAGAAUACGCGCGCAGUUUUGUAUGUUAGAGAUAUUAUAAUAUGGUGAAGAUAAUGGAUCUGAGGAGAAAUGGGUAUUUGAUACUUUUUUUGGUUUUGUUGGGUGGUGAUUAUGAGGUAAGUGUGAAGGGGGAGAAUAAUGUGGUUUUCAGUGUGGAGCAUAAAUUUGGUGGGCGUGGAAGGUCUGUUUUGAAGGACCUUAAAGACCACGAUGUCCAUCGUCACGGCAGAAUGCUCGCCGCCGCCGACUUCCUAUUGGGUGGCAACGGCAGUCCCACCGGUGCAGCGCUAUAUUUCACUAAGCUUUCAAUUGGGACACCUUCAAAGGACUAUCAUGUCCAGGUAGAUACUGGAAGCGAUCUUUUUUGGGUAAACUGUGCACGCUGUCUCAAAUGUCCUACAAAAAGCAAACUCGGGAUAGAUUUAGUGCAAUAUGACUUACAAGCCUCAACAACUGGGAAAUUUAUUACCUGCGAGCAAGAUGUUUGCACUACUAUGUUCGAUGCAGCCAGUUCCGAAUGCAAGGUCGGAAAGCCCUGUGAAUAUUUGGUUACUUAUGGAGAUGGCAGCUCAACUGGAGGAUACUUUGUAAAAGAUAACAUCUAUUUAGAUCAAGUGUCUGGAGAUUAUAAAACAUCUUCCUUACAGGGAUCCGUUGCAUUUGGGUGCUCGUCUCAGCAAUCUGGAGACCUAGGUACAUCUACUAAUGCAGUUGAUGGGAUAAUUGGUUUUGGAGAAGCAAAUUCGUCCGUCAUCUCGCAGUUAGCUGCAGCUGGAACGGUGAAAAAAAUGUUUGCACAUUGCCUGGACGGAGUUAAAGGAGGUGGUAUAUUUGCUAUUGGACAAGUAGUUGAGCCAAAAGUAAAUUCAGCCCCAUUACUCCCGAAUAGGGCACAUUAUACUCUUUCUCUGAAGGAUAUUGAGGUUGGUAAAGAAGUUCUAGACAUCCCGACUUCCCUCUUUGAGUCGAAAUCCAGUAAAAAAGCAAUAAUUGACAGUGGAACAACUUUAGUAUAUCUUCCGAGCAAGGCCUAUAAUGCUCUCAUGAACAAGUUAAUGUCAAAGCAACCACAAUUGAAGACUCAUCAUCUUGACGGGGACUUUGACUGCUUUAUCUACAGCGGAAAUGUCGACGACGGUUUCCCAGCUGUAACAUUUCAGUUUGUGGGAAAUCUUUCUUUGACAGCUUAUCCCCAUGAUUAUCUUUUUGAAGUUCGUGAUAAUGAAUGGUGCAUUGGUUGGCAGGAGGGAACGCAGGGAAAGGAUGGAAAUGAAAUCUAUCUGUUAGGAGAUCUUCUGUUAUCAAACAAGCUUGUUCUGUAUGAUCUUGAGAAACAGACCAUUGGUUGGACUCAAUAUGACUGCUCGUCGAGCAUUAAAGUGAAAGACGAAACUUCUGGAAAUGUGUAUACAGUGGGUGCUCACAAGAUUUCAUCAGCGUCUAGUUUGGAUUCAAGAAUGGCUUUUACGUUCUUCUUCUCAGUUAUCUCUUUCUUCUGCUUUUUGUUGAAGUGAGAACAUCAGAAAAACUGUACAUUGGAGUAAACCAUUACAUACAACAAUUGAAAGGUUCCACAACAUGAUUCUUUAAUCCACUUCUUUUAUAGUAUUAAAUUGUAAAAGAAUCGGUUUUGAUGAAAAACUGAUAUCAGCAGAUUUUCUUCUCUA